AAUCACCGUGAUGAUGGGAUUCUGGCUUUCUGGCUUCUCGCAGCUUGAUCGCCCUACCGUCUCCACUGGAACCAGGAUCUCUGUCCAAUCUGACGGCAUCCUCAGAUUUCCACCUUGUUUCCAUUCCGUAUCUGUCGAUAGCCUGAACGGCGUUGGCUAAUCGCAGCAAGCAUAGCCACCGAGCAAACAGGGAGAUUGGGUCUAGCGUAGCCUGAGUAAGCUGUCAUAAUUGUGUGUUGCUUCGUUCUUUUCCAACGGAAAACUAAAAAAGCAAAAGAAAAGAAUGGAGACAUGCAUGGGGGAGGCGGAGACGUGUGAGAUAUGAAGUAAUAUAAGUAAGACUAAUAAUAGUUGAGUAACUAGUGAAUGUGGUGCUGGCUCUCCUAGACCUUGACGUUGAUAUAAAGUCGACCUCCCGCUUUCCGCCCGCUUGGCUCUUCCACCUUGUUUCUUCUUAUAUUUACAACCUCACCUGUUCUCUCUUAGACAACUAACUGCGCAUAACGACACCACAACGGUCCCGAUACGAAUAUCUAGCUAACAAAAGGGAGAGAUAGCUGUGCUCAUCGACCUCCGGCCCCGGUUUCGACUGCCACAAUCGCUUUCUUCAGUGUCCAGAGAACCGCUCGAGAGGACAGAACAUCAGUAUCUGUCCUUGUAGACCCCCCUUCUCUAUUGAAUGGGCACGGAGAUCUCUCAGCCGGAUGUCGAGGAACCGACGGAACCUCCUAUAUGUCCUUCUAUCCAUGAAGAAUCCAAUAAACACCAACCCAGCUCUACCUUAGACCCUCAGGUCCAGGUAGACCAUUGUCCUGCCAACUACCAGGACUGGCACGCCUACAAUCAGCAUGCCCAUACUAUCUCCAUUGCAGAUACUGCUCGGAUUUUACGAGUUGAUCUACAGUACGGAAACUUCAUACCUUGUGUUGAAUUAAAAUUCAAACACUCUUUUUGAGCCUCCCCUUUUUGCCCUGGGCUAAAAAUCUCCUCUUCCAACUGGCUAACAUUUCCUCUCCCUCGCCAGACAUGGGCUUAGUAGUACCGAAGCGUCAUCUCGCUUUGAGCGGGAUGGACCUAACAAGAUUAAGAGUGCGGAGGGGAUAUCCAUGUGGAAAAUUCUGCUAAGGCAGGUGUCAAAUAGUUUGACUUUAGUAUGUUUGCCACCCUCUAGCCUUCUGAACGACUUAUCAUAGCUAAUUCUUAAAAUUUUAGGUACUCUUGAUAACGAUGGCUCUAUCCUUUGGGAUCAACGAUUAUAUUGAAGGUGGAGUGAUCACAGCUGUGAUUCUUCUCAAUAUUGUCGUUGGGUAAGUUUGCAUCUCCAUUCUCCAUUCUGGACAUUUCGCUCGGCUAACAUCUCUACUCUAGAUUCGUCCAGGACUACCGUGCGGAAAAGACAAUAUUAUCCCUGCAAGCCUUAUCUGUUCCCACCUGCAAAGUUGUACGUGAUGGUAGAAUUGAUUCUAUCAAAGCGGAAACCUUGGUUGUGGGUGACAUCGUCCAGCUAGCUGUGGGGGACAUGGUACCUGCCGAUCUAAGGCUAUUUGAUGGUAUCAAUGCUUCUACUGACGAGGCUCUCUUAACCGGAGAAUCCAUGCCUAUCUCUAAACACCCAGAUGCCCUUUUUACGAGUAGAGAUAUGGCAGUUGGAGACCGCACAAACAUGGCUUACUCUGGAAGUAUCAUGACAAGAGGGCGAGCUACUGGAAUUGUCAUAUCGAUAGGUAUGGAUACUGAAGUCGGGAAAAUUGCCCAACUUCUGCGUGACAACACUCUGCAGGCAGAGAAUGCCUCAAUCUACACCCGAGUUUGGAAACGAUUCAAGAGAAGCUUCGAUCAAGUCCUAGGCUUGGUUGGUACGCCCCUACAAGUGAAACUCAGCAAAUUCGCCCUCCUGCUCUUUGCCCUCGCCAUAAUACUAGCUAUCAUUGUCUUCUCCGCGAACAAGUGGCAUAUUCAAGGCGAGGUCCUCAUUUAUGGCAUUUGCGUUGCGGUUGCUGUUAUCCCAGAAUCCCUGAUUGCGGUAUUGACCAUUACUGUUGCUGUUGGUACCAAAUCGAUGGCAAAGGGUAAUGUCAUUGUCAGAAAACUCCAGGCUCUCGAAGCUGUAGGAGGAGUGACCAACAUCUGCUCCGAUAAGACUGGUACACUCACUCAGGGCAAGAUGAUCGCCCGCAAAGCCUGGAUACCUGGCACCGGCACACUUGCUGUCCACGACACCAACAGCCCAUUUGAUCCUAACAGUGGUCUCGUCCAAAUAGGUGGAAAGGACAUACAGCCAAACAACCUUGAGAAUAGCGCUGGACUUACAACAUUCCUGCAUACCAUCUCUCUUUGCAACCUGUCUUCCGUAUACAACCCAGAUACCAAGCUAUCGACUGAAGGCUCCCAUGACUCAAAGGGAGGGGACUGGGUUGCGGUUGGAGAGCCCACUGAAAUUGCUCUCCAUGUACUUGCAAUCAGAUUUAACUCUGGAAAACGUUCUGUCAUUGAAAAUAAUGGCUUGGAGCUCGUUUCUGAAUUCCCGUUUGAUUCUGCUAUCAAACGAAUGACUGUGGUAUAUAAGAGAGCUGGAUCUGAACAUGUAGCAGCCUAUUCAAAGGGUGCCACGGAAUCUAUGCUUCCACUUCUAUCAAUAGACGAUGACAUGAAGCAGGAAAUUCGGGCAAAGGUUGACAGGAUGGCAGGCGAAGGUCUUCGCGUCCUUUGCAUUGCGCACAAAACUCUAUCCCCUGAAACCUUGAACAACCUCCCUGAUCGAACAGAACUCGAGCAAGACCUGGACUUCGUCGGACUCGUUGGCCUCUACGACGCCCCUCGCAUGGAAACAGCUGGAGCUGUCCGCAAAUGCCAUAUGGCCGGUAUCACUGUUCACAUGCUAACAGGAGAUCACAUCAAGACUGCAACCGCGAUUGCUUAUGAAGUCGGAAUCCUUGGGAACUUGACUCCAAACGUCCGAGCCAGCAAAGUUGUUAUGGGUGCCGACGAAUUUGACAAAAUGACGGAUGACGAAAUCGAUGCUGUUGAAGCUCUCCCACUCGUUAUUGCCCGAUGCAGUCCAUCAACAAAGGUCCGUAUGGUAGAAGCCAUGCAUCGACGCGGUGCUUAUUGUGUCAUGACUGGUGACGGUGUGAACGAUUCGCCAGCUUUAAAGCGUGCUGACGUUGGAAUUGCCAUGGGCAAGAAUGGAAGUGAUGUAGCCAAAGCUGCUGCAGACAUGGUUUUAACGGAUGAUGAUUUUGCAUCAGUUGUCAAAGCCGUCGAGGAAGGGCGACGCCUCUUUGACAAUAUUCAAAAGUUCUUGAUGCACUUGUUGAUAUCUAAUAUUGCCCAAGUCAUUCUUUUGUUGAUUGCACUUGCAUUCAAAGAUGAUGAAGGAGACUCUGUGUUCCCGCUUUCACCCCUGGAGAUCCUUUGGGCAAACCUGAUCACAUCCUCUUUCCUAGCCCUUGGGCUCGGCCUAGAGGAAGGCCAGGCAGAUAUCAUGUACCGACCGCCACACAACCUGCGUGUCGGUGUUUUCACAAAAGAACUCAUUGUUGACAAAAUGAUAUACGGUACUUUUAUGGGAAGUCUCUGUCUUGUCUCCUUCGUCUCCGUUGUUUACGGUGUUGGAGGUGGCUCGUUAGGUCAGGACUGCAAUGAAGACUGGAACCCAACUUGCGACAUUGUUUUCCGUGCGCGUGCCACCACCUUUGCAACAUUGUCUUUCCUUCUACUGGUGACAGCCUGGGAGGUGAAGCACUUCUCCCGCUCAUUAUUUAACCUUGACCCAGCCCGCUAUCCGGGAGUCUUCUCUGUCUUCCCAACUCUCUGGCGAAACAGAUUCCUCUUCUGGGCUGUCGCAGCUGGAUUUGUGACUUCCUUCCCAGUCAUCUAUAUUCCGCUUGUUAACAAGCUAGUCUUCAAACACGUCGCCAUAUCAUGGGAAUGGGGCAUUGUAGCUGGCUGUGUGGUCGUCUACAUUGCUUGUAUUGAGAGCUGGAAGGCAGUAAAGCGGGCUCUGAAGAUCGGAAGUGCUGGUACAUCGCUAAUUACUAUGCAAGAUGCAGAAAUGAGAGCUGGGCUGUUCAUGUCUGAUAGCCUUCUGGCCGAUAGUGCUAUCACCUCCCGAGAAGAAACACUGGAGAAGAAAGAAUAGUUUCUCGGGCCGAUGGAACACAGAAGGCUGAGUUUUUAUUUUUCCCACCAGAUUAUGCGUUUUUGACGUCUCAUACUACUAGUUUAUGCCUUAUCAACUAGGCUUGCUUUUUGCUUUUGUUUUUUUAAAUGACUUUUUACCGCGCUCUUUUCUCUGUCUGAACGGUCUUGCUGAUUUGGUCCGAGAUGGCCUUAUUUGACCAUGUUUUGUUACAAUUUAUAUAUUCAACAUAUCAUAGUAUUUUUUUCAAUGUCAUUAUUUACCCGAAGCUAGAAAUGAAAUGUCUAGGCG